AUGGAGGUCAAUAGUUUGAAUGAGAAAUAUGAUUGUUGUAACACAGUGCAGAUUGAAAGCGGUUUAGAGAGUAAUGAUACAUCUGUGAAUCAAACUGAACUGGAAAGAAAGUUUAUAGAUGGAAAAUGGUUUUGCGAGGAUGGUGACGGUGGUUUCUUGGUGUUUGAGGAUGAUAAAUGGAUAGCGGCUAGUGGCGAUGAUUUGAAGAAAAAAUGGGAUGCAGCUGAUACGUUUGACGAGAUAAGCGGUAAUCCGUAUCGUUGUGUUGUUGAUGGCGUUACUAUGGAGUGGAAUCAAAUCAGCCAGCAGUGGUUACCAGUAGUGGAAGUAAAUGAAGAUUUUUUGGCUCAGUAUCACAGUAGUUAUGGUAUCAGAUAUGAUUUUGAUGAAAAAGAAGGAUCAAGCAUGGAAGGAAAAAAUAGAAAAUCUGAAGACCAUAAACAUACGAAACACAAAUUGCACGACAAAAAGGAACAGCAAGGUUGGGUGGAACUUGAAGAAGAAAGGAACACGUCAGUCUAUGUUUCAAAUUUGCCGUAUAGUAUAACCGAAGAAUCGUUUACCGAGUUAAUGAGCAAAUGCGGUGUCAUACAGCGGGAUGCAAGGACCAAUAAACUUAAAAUAAAACUCUACAGGAAUGAUGAUGGCACAUUUAAAGGAGAUGGCAGAUGUUGUUACAUAAAGGUUAAAUCGGUCGUCAUGGCGCUAGAUAUUCUGGAUGGCUGGAAUGUGGAUGGAAAAAUUAUUUCAGUCGAAAAAGCAAAAUUCCAAAUGAAAGGAGAAUUCGACCCAUCAAAAAAGAAAAAGAAACUUACAGCAGCUCAGAAAAAACGUUUUAUCGAAAAUCAAGAGAGAAUCUUUGAAUGGAAACCGGAAAAACCACGAAACUAUCGUCCAGUUAGUGACUGUACUAUUGUUAUGAAGAAUAUGUUUACGUUAGAGCAAAUGAUGAAGAAUGCGACUUUGUUGCUGGAUUUGGAAGAAGAAGUUAGAAAAGUUUGUGAAAGAUUUGGAGUUGUCAAAAAAGUCGUCGUUCAUGAUAAUAACCCAGAAGGAGUAAUUUGUGUCACAUUCCAAAAUGUCGAACAUUCGGAUACAGCUGUGCGUUCACUCAAUGGCCGUGUAGUAGAUGGUCGACAAAUUUCAGUAACGUUGUGGGACGGGAAAACGAAAUACACAAUAGCAGAAACCGAAGAGCAGAGAGCAGAAAGGCUCAAGCAGUGGCAGAAUUAUAUUUCCGAAGACACUGAUUAG